GGUCAAAACAUUACCUCUCGUGCCUUUAAGUGACCCGGAAGCAGAACCCGCCGCUCUGAAGCAGAUAUCACGGAGGAGCUGAGGUCAGGAGUUCUCUCUCACAGCCAUCUUGGAUAUAGCGUCCCGAGUCGCAACCAUGCCUGGUGAAGCCACAGAAACGGUCCCAGUCACCGAGCAGGAGAUGCAGCAGCCUCAAGUGGAGACCGCUACACCUCCUGCCCCAUCUUCCUCCCAGAAACCUCAGGCAGCUUCUGGCCCUGCAAAGCCCAAAGGCAAAGAUGCCAAGAGUGCGCAGGGCUCCUCUGCCCCAAAGGCUGUCCCUGGCAGAAGAAAACGCUCCUCUAUGUCUGCCUCUUCUUCCUCUCCCACCUCACCGAAAUCUGCUACUGCCACUACCCCUCUGUCACCUGUUACAUCUCCCCUAGCUACCUCACCUGGCAGCUCUCCUGCUGCCCGCUUCACCCCGAAAGUUGUCAAGGCUGGCAAACAAGGAAAAGCUAAGAAAGGAGAGGCUUUUGUGCCUGUUCCUUCCCCUGUGGAGUGCAAGGUCACACCAGUAAAGGAAAAACCAGUAGAGGCUAACCUCAUGCAAACUGUUGUUGAAGCUAAACCUGCCCCAGUUGAGCCAAACAAACCAUCAGCAGCUGCUGCAAAGCCUGUUGUUGCCCCAGCUGCUUUUAAAGUUACCUCAAAGCCUGCUGUGGCAGCUCCAGUUUCAUUUUCAGAUACUCUUGCCUCUAGCCCUCCCACAUCAGUUGAAUUUAAGACAGCUUCAUCAAAGGUUGCUCCUGUUUUUGCAGCUGCUGAUGAUGAUCUCCCUCCACUGAUUCCACCUGUGAAGCCAGUUAAAAUGCCAGAACCUCUUCCCCCUGUAGACGCUACUAAGGUAGCAUCUAAACCUAAGAUGGAUAUUGAGCUUCAGUCUGUGCCUGUUGAAGUUGCCAAAGCAGUAACCAUGGUUAAAUCUGCACCUAUUGAAAGUGCUAAAGUGGUUGCUAAAGCCUCAACUGCAGCUGUUGAGGUUGUUAAAGCAGCCCCAGCCAAAAUUGAGGCUGUUAAGGAGGCUCCCCCAAUCAAACAUGCUCCCGUUGAGGCUGAUAAGCCAGCUGUUGUGGCUAAACCUGCUCCCGUUGAGGCUGCUAAGCCAGCUGUUGUGGCCAAACCUGCUCCUGUCGAGGCUGCUAAGCCAGCCUUUGUAGCCAAACCUGCUCCCGUUGAGGCUGCGAAGCCAGCUGCUGAGGCCAAACCUGCCCCUGUUGAGGCUGUUAAGCCAGCUGCUGAGGCCAAACUAGCUCCAGUUGAGGCUGCUAAGCCAGUUGUUGUAGCCAAACCUGCUCCCGUUGAGGCUGCUAAGCCAGCUGUUGUAGCCAAACCUGCUCCCGUUGAGGCUGCUAAGUCAGCUGUUGUAGCCAAACCUGCCCCUGUUGAGGCUGCUGUAGCCGAACCUGCUCCCGUUGAGGCUGUUAAGCCAGCUGCUGAGGCAAAACCUGCUCCAGUUGAGGCUGCUAAACCUGCUGUUGUAGCCAAACCUGCUCCCGUUGAGGCUGUUAAGCCAGCUGCUGAGGCAAAACCUGCUCCAAUUGAGGCUGCUAAGUCAGCUGUUAUAGCCAAACCUGCUCCUGUUGAGGCUGCUAAGCCAGCCUUUGUAGCCAAACCUGCUCCCGUUGAGGCUGAAAAGCCAGCUGCUGAGGCCAAACCUGCUCAAAUUGAGGCUGCUAAACCAGUUGCAAAACCUAAACCAGCUCCCGUUGAGGCUGCUAAGCCAGUUGCAGAACCUAAACCAGCUCCCGUUGAGGCUGCUAAACCAGUUGCAGAACCUAAACCAGCUCCCGUUGAGGCUGCUAAACCAGUUGCAGAACAUAAACCAGCUCACGUUGAGGCUGCUAAACCAGUUGCAGAACAUAAACCAACUGCCGCUGAGGUUACCAAGCCGGCCCCUGUUGUGGUUGCUAAGCCAGCUACUGAGGCAGAAUUGGUCAAGGCGGCACCUGCCGAGGUGCCUUCCAAACCAGCAGCUGAGCCUUCAUCUGCUCCCCUAAAACCCGCUUCAGUUGAGCCUGCUGUUCCUGCCCCAGUUCCCCAUAAACUCACAUUUGCUGAGGCAGUUGCAAAACCUGCCCCUGUUAAACCUGAGGUUGAGGUAAUUGGUAAGACUCCUUCUGAACCCAUCUCAUCACCCAAACCUGCCCCCAAACCUGCUAAAACCCCAGUCAAGGUGGAGCCUGUGAUCAAGAACGACAAGGGAUCCGGUACUGAGUCAGACAGCGAUGACUCAGUCCCUGAGCUGGAGGAACAGGACUCUGCGCAGACACAGACACAGCAAGCUCAGCUUGCAGCAGCUGCUGAAAUUGACGAGGAACCGGUCAGCAAAGCCAAACAGAGCCGCAGUGAAAAGAAGGCACGAAAGGCAAUGUCAAAGCUUGGUCUCAGGCAGGUAACAGGGGUCACCAGGGUCACCAUUCGCAAGUCAAAGAACAUCUUGUUUGUCAUCACCAAACCAGACGUCUACAAGAGCCCUGCAUCAGACACAUACAUAGUCUUCGGUGAAGCUAAGAUUGAAGAUCUCUCACAGCAAGCCCAGCUGGCCGCCGCAGAAAAAUUCAAGGUACAGGGAGAAGCUGUUUCAAACAUCCAGGAAAACACACAGACGCCAACAGUACAGGAGGAGAGCGAAGAAGAAGAGGUGGAUGACACCGGAGUGGAGGUCAAGGACAUUGAACUCGUCAUGUCACAAGCCAACGUGUCGCGGACGAAGGCUGUACGCGCUCUGAAAAACAACAACAACGACAUUGUCAAUGCUAUUAUGGAGUUGACAAUGUAAUGGGACCCUGACAACAAAGGGUUGAAGAAAGGUUGCUGAUUUAAGCUCAUUUAUACAAUUUAUACCCAAGAUGGAAAUAAAGUUGUGGCUUGAUGAAAUGAAAA